CGCGGGGAAAUCAAAUUGUGGUCAAUACGAAUUCCUGCUUGGCGCCAAGUCUCUCUCUCUCUCUCGUUACUGCUUUUGCUUCUCUCCUCCAAACAGUCGCCGCAGCUCGAUGGCAAGUCUAGGGUUUCGCCAUCCUCAGUUCUCCGAGGAUCUUGCUUGGUUACCGGAUUGGCUGCAGCAAAGUCAAUCGGAGUAUCCCGUGGCGCAACCGUUAGAGAGCGCGGCCCUUUCCCGAGAAAAUGUCGGUGAAGACAAGCGUUUGGAAUUAUCGUCAAAGGACGGCGGCGGAUACACCGGCUGCCGUUUGUUCUUGUCAGGGGAAGAUGGGUCGCCAUUCUUGUCGGGGGAAGAUGGUUCGCCAACGAGCUAUGCUCAGUCUCCUGGAAAAGUGCUUCAUUUUCACCUACGUUUCUCGUACAACAGUGGCUCACAGUCACAGUGUACCAAAAGCCAAGAAUCUAACGCAUCUCUGGCAGGGCUUCAGUCUUCAAAAGGUGCGCAGAUUCAACGAGUUGAAAUUGCAUCUCAACCUGUUGAGAAGGUUAGAGCAAGGGUGUAUGGAGAGAACUUGAGAAGACACCUCAAAGAUGCAGAUGUUAAUGCGGCAGUUGAGCUCUCAAUUGCUGCAUCCGAAGCUAUGGCUAUACAUGAAUUGGUAGAGUGUGAAUCAGCUUUAAAAUCUAUACCUGCAGCAGCUGUUGUGGAGGUUGCUCUUCGGGUGAAGGAAGCACGCUUAAAGGGAUCGGAAGAGGUGUCUGAUUCUGUGAUCAAGAGGACUGAAGAGGAUUUAGACUUCGAUGAUAUUGCUAUGUUAGAUGCUUUUGAAGAUGUAGGGCUGUCUUCCAUUGACUAUAAUGAACAAGGUAUUAGUGAUUUUGACAUUUCUCAAGUCAAAGAAACUCCAUCAUCUCAAAUUCCUUGUGACAACGGUUCCCCAACAGAGGAGACAAGAAUUGAUUUCAAUAAGAUGAAUGCACAGAGUCAUGCUCAUGAUGUUUUAGGUCUUGAUAAACAACCAGAAAGUGAGUCUUUAUUAGGAUACUCCCCAUAUGAGUGCAGAAAAAGCACUUUUGGUGAUAAAGAUUGGGGUUCACCCAACUUCAAUGUGGCAAGUCAUGUUGACAUGCUGCAUCAGCCAGCUCUGAAAGAAUCAUUUGUUUUGACUGUGGAGAAGGUUGGUUCUGAUAUGGUGGAGAAUGCAUUAUGUGAACGACAAGCGGAAUCAUUUGUCCACAAUAUCUCUCAGUGUCCUGUGGAAUAUAGACAAGUAUAUCUAACUGAAGAAAGAUUCCAGAGCCGUUGGUUAGGUGGUUGGGCCACGAAGGACAUAGAAGUUCCUGUGGAGUUGAAAGAGAAAAGCACAAGAACUAGAAGCAUUGCCAAGUUUUUUGUUCACGAGACAAGCUUUCUCUCAGAAUCAGCAGAUACUGCGCCUGAUGAAAAUUCUGUUGUGCAAAUUGGAAUCAGUACCCAGAAAGCUCCACAGUUAAAGAUGGCUUUUGAAGGUUCAUGUGACGAAGUCAACGAGGGCAUAACUUUCUCUCAAGAAAUUGUGAGGUCUUCAAGUUUAUUGUCAGCAGAUCCUCUUUGUUCCUUUGUUCCUUGCAGUAUUUCCACAGAAAACCAUGGAUUACAUCAAGAACCCAGUCAGAAUUGCAUUGAGAUUGAUGGUGAGAAAUUCAUUGACUUGGCUUCAGAACUUGGGUCGGCAAACCCCAAUGAAACCUCCGACCCAAAAUCUAAGGCUGACAAUCAGAAUGCAGGAGUCACCUCUGAACCAAAAGAAGGUUUUCAGAAGUCAGCAAGAAGACGGCUAUCCUCUUUAAAGAAUUAUAGUGUAAUCUUAUCAAGCAAUGAAGCCAAGUUGGAGAAUGGACAUGGGCGCUGUAAUUUAUUGCUAUUCUCGAAAUGCAAGAGGGAAAUCACAUCCUCAUACCCUGAUACUAAUUUCACUCAAAAAUAUAAUUGGCGAAAUUCUGUAGGACUGAAAUCACCAAAAUCCGGAUAUGAUAUCCCUGCUAUGGUUUGUGGUGAGGAACCUGUUCCAGUCACUAAACAUCCAGCUGAAAAAGUGGCAUUCCAUAGGAGUAUUUCUGUUCAACCAGCAAAGAAUGCAGCAGCAUUGCAGGUUCAUUUGCUGGGGAAAAGAAAGUUGCUUCUGCUAUCAGAUGAUAAAAAAUGGCGACAUAACAUGGAUUCCCAUCGACUUGCAGGGGAUUGUUUGCAAAAAAUACCACUAAAUGCUGCUAAUAUUCGCCAGGACAAAAAUAAUCAUGUAUCUGGUAGAAAACGUGUAAGUUUCUCAUCAGAAGUUCAUUUGCAGCUUCAGGUGGAUAAGAGUACACGCGGAUCCUUGCACCAAAAUUCACCAACUGGCUCAACCACAGGAUCAUGGAAGAGGUUGAGAUACUGCAAGUCUCAGUUAGAAUGUCGACGUCAAGGUGCAAAACAUCGCACUAGUUUCAUGGCUGAGCAGCCACUAAUUUUUCACAAGAUGGAAUUCUUCCUUACUGGGUUUUCAACCCGCAAAGAAAAGGAAAUUGAAAGGUUGAUUCAGAAACAUGGAGGCGAGGUUCUCCUGGAUAUUCCGCCCGUGAAUUUAAGGGGGAAGGGAAGUUCAAUGGUUCUAUCCGAGCAGCGACCUUUCGUCAUAUCUCCGAGAAAGUUGAAGACGGCCAAGUUCUUGUAUGGAUGCGCAAUUCGGGCCUUUAUUCUUAAAGUCGCUUGGAUUACCGAAUCAAUCAGUGCGGGUUCUCUCGUGUUACCUGAUAAAUAUAUGAUCGUCUCAAAUCAAGUCGAUGCAAUGUUUAUCCCUAUCGGAAAGUCAUUGCCACACUCUAACAGCGGAUCUAUCUUUGGGCAAGUAGGGAUAAUGUUACAUGGAAAGAAAAGUUUCUGUAACAAAUUUUCUGAAGUAAUCAAGCGAGGAGGUGGGGUGGCAUACAAGACCCUCCAACAGUUGGUCCAUUGUCUUCAUCAUGGGAAGGUAUCCAUGGGAAUUAUCGUGACAGAAUACGAGAGUAGGCCAUCUCGUCACUUAAGGCAGUGUGCUUUGGAGAGAAAGAUACCGAUAUUGCUCUUAAUGCAGACAAUGAGCUGGAUAAUAGAGAGUUUAUAUGCAGGGAAGAUGCUUUCUGUCUUAGAACAACACCAAAACCUAGGUUUUUGGAGGUGACAAAACUGCUUAUUUAAUUGAGUGGGCCAAGGAAAAUGAUGUUUGUCGUCUUUGGCAGACAAUAAGGUAAUUUAGUACGUAUGGAUUGCAUACCGGCACAAGACUGAUCCAGACUUUACAAAGUUCCCCUCGUGCUUGCAUGGUAUUUCCAUCCAACCCGGUGACUUUUGUUGAUACUGCAGAUCGUACGUGUAAUCUACCAGAUGGUGUGGAUCACUUUCUAUUGAUGAGAGGCUUAGCCAUUCAGUCCUAAGCAUUAGCGGGGUUGGACUCCUGUUCAUGUUUGAAAAAGAGGAACAAUUGCAGGUCCUUUUUCACCGCGAUGCUCUUCCGCUCGUUCAAGCACCUUCUGAAAAGAAACGGCUAAGGGAUGUUCACUGGAUCACUACUCUUUCUGAUUCUGGAAUAGAAUAACUCGAAUACUCAGCCGCUUGUAAUUCUGGAAGAUGACCCAAACUAACUAUUCGUUUGGCUUUACAUUGCUAGCAAUAAGUGACACGUCUCUCAUGUAAACGAGUUAGUUCUUAUCCGAUAAUUAUACAGAGAA